CGCCCUCCACUGGCCGCUCUGCCGUCCAGGCUCCUCCGACUCGCUGCCCAGCCCGCCGCGAUGCGCUGUGGCCGGCGGUCCGGGCCACGCGCGCCUGCCCUGGCCCUGGCGGUGACCUUGGCGCUGUGGGCCACCCUGGAGUCCGCGUCCGCAGCCUCCUUCUUCGGGGAGAGCCACCUGGAGGUGCCCGUGGCCGCGGCUCUGACCCACGUAGACCUCCGGCUGCAGUUCUCCACCACCCAACCCGAAGGCCUGCUUCUCCUGGCCGCGGGCCCCACAGACCACCUCCUCCUGCAGCUCUUCUCCGGACGCCUGCAGGUCAGACUGGUCCUGGGCCAGGAGGAGGUGGCACUGCGAACACCUGCAGAGACGGCCCUGAGUGACUCGGCCCUGCACAGCGUGGAGCUGAGCCUGGCCGACAACUGGGCCGUGCUGUCCGUCGACGGGGUCCUGAACACCUCCGCCCCGGCCCCGGCAGCCCCCUUAGAGGUCCCCUAUGGGGUCUUCGUGGGGGGCACAGGGAACCUGGACUUGGCCUACCUGAGGGCAAUCAGCCGACCCCUGAGGGGCUGCAUCCACGCGGCCACCCUCAACGGGCGCAACCUCCUGCGGCCGCUGAACCCGGGCGUGCUGGAGGGCUGCGCCGAAGAGUUUUCUGCCGGGGACGACGUGGCCUUGGGCUUCUCGGGACCCCACUCCCUGGCUGCCUUCCCUGCCUGGGGCACCCGGGACGAGGGCACCCUGGAGUUCACGCUCGUCACACGCAGCCAGCAGGCGCCCCUGGCCUUCCAGGCGGGCGGCCGGCAGGGGGACUUCAUCUACGUGGACGUGUUCAAGGGCCACCUGCGGGCCGUGGUGGAGAAGGGCCAGGGCACCGUCCUGCUGCACAACAGCGUGCCCGUGGCCGACGGGCAGCCCCACGAGGUCAGCGUCCACGUGGACACGCACCAGCUGGAAAUCUCAGUGGACCAGUACCCCACGCGCACCUCCAACCGCGGCGUCCCCAGCUACCUGGAGCCCCAAGGCAGCCUGCUCCUGGGCGGGCUGGACGCCGAGGCCACGCGCCACCUGCAGGAGCACCGCCUGGGCCUGGCCCCCGAGGCGCUCCAGCUGUCCCUGCUGGGCUGCCUGGAGGACCUGAGCGUCAACGGCCGCCGGCUGGGACUGCGGGAGGCCGUGCUGACCCGGGGCAUGGCGGCCGGCUGCAGGCUGGAGGAAGAGGAGUACGAGGAAGACGCCUACGGCCCCUACGAGGCCUUCUCCACGCUGGCGCCCGACGUCUGGGAGGUCAUGGAGCUGCCCGAGCCCUGCGCGCCGGAGCCGGGGCUGCCCCCGGUCUUCGCCAAUUUCACCCAGCUGCUGACCAUCAGCCCGCUGGUGGUGGCCGAGGGGGGCACCGCCUGGCUCGAGUGGCGCCACGUGCAGCCCACCCUGGACCUGAGCCUGGCCGAGCUGCGCAAGUCCCAGGUGCUGUUCAGCGUGAGCGGCGGGGCCCGCCACGGGCAGCUGGAGCUGGACAUUCCCGGGGCGCAGGCGCGGAAGAUGUUCACCCUCCUGGACGUGGUGAACCGCAAGGCGCGCUUCGUCCACGACGGCUCCGAGGACACCAGCGACCAGCUGGUGCUGGAGGUGUCCGUCACCGCCCGGGGGCCCGUGCCGUCCUGCCUGCGCAAGGGCCAGACCUACCUGCUGCCCAUCCAGGUCAGCCCGGUCAACGACCCACCCCGCGUCGUCUUCCCCAACGGCAACCUCAUGGUCAUCCUGGAGCACACGCAGAAGCCGCUGGGGCCCGAGAUCUUCCAGGCCUACGACCCCGACUCGGCCUGUGAGGGGCUCACCUUCCAGUUCCUGGGCGCCCCCGCCGGCCUGCCCGUGGAGCGCCGUGACCAGCCGGGGCAGCCGGCCACCGAGUUCUCCUGCCGGGAGCUGCAGGCGGGCGGCCUGGUGUACGUGCACCGGGGUGGGCCGGCCCAGGACCUGACGUUCCGGGUCAGCGACGGGCUGCUGGCCAGCGCCCCGGCCACGCUGAAGGUGGUGGCCGUCCGGCCGGCCAUCCAGGCGCUGCAGAACACGGGGCUGUGGGUGGAGCAGGGCUCCGCCGCCCCCAUCCUGCCCGCCAACCUGUCGGUGGAGACCAACGCGGUGGGCCAGCAGGUCAGCGUGCUGUUCCGGCUCACCAGCCCGCCCCGGCUCGGGGAGCUGCAGAAGCAAGGCGCCGGCGGGGCCGAGGGCGCCGAGUGGCGGCCCGCGCAGGCCUUCCACCAGCACGACGUGGAGCAGGGCCGCGUGAGGUACCUGAGCACCGACCCGCAGCACCACGCGCAGGACCCGCGGGAGGAGCUGGGGCUGGAGGUGCAGGUGGGCCAGGAGGUGCUCCGCAACCUGACCUUCCCGGUGCACGUGCGCCGGGCCACGGUGACGCUGCUGCGGCUGGAGCCGCUGCUCGCGCGGAGCACCCAGCAGGAGCCCCUCACCGCGGCGCACCUGGAGGCCAGCCUGGAGGAGGGCGCGGCCGGCCCGGCGCCGGCCAGCUUCCACUACGAGGUGGUGCAGGCCCCGCGCAAGGGCAACCUGCGGCUGCGGGGCGCGCGGCUGUCGGACGGGCAGGGCUUCAGCCAGGACGACGUGCGCGCCGGGCGGGUGACCUACGCGGCCACGGCGCGCGCGGCGCAGGCGGCCGAGGACACGUUCCGCUUCCGCGUCACGGCGCCGCCGGGCCGCUUCUCGCCGCUCUACACGUUCCGCGUGCGCAUCGGCGGCGACCCCGACGCGCCGGUGCUCACCAACGCGCUCCUGGCCGUGCCCGAGGGCGGCCAGGCCGUGCUCUCGGCCGACCACCUCUUCGUGGAGAGCCGCAGCAGCGCCAGCUACGUGUACGAGGUGAUGGAGCAGCCGCGCCACGGGCGCCUGGCGUGGCGCGGGGCGCAGGGGGCCGCGCCGGUCCGCGCCUUCACCAACGACGACCUGCUGCACGGCCGGCUGCUCUACCUGCACGACGACUCGGAGACCACGGAGGACGACAUCCCCUUCGUGGCCACGCGGCAGGGCGAGGGCAGCGGCGGCCUGGCCUGGGAGGAGGUGCGCGGCGUGGUGCGCGUGGCCGUGCAGCCCGUCAACGACCACGCGCCCGUGCAGACCGUCAGCCGCGCGCUGCGCGUGGCGCGCGGCGGCCGGCGGCUGCUCACCACCGAGCACGUGGCCUUCAGCGACGCCGACGCGGGCUUCGCCGACGCGCAGCUGGUGCUGACCCGCAAGGACCUGCUGUUCGGCAGCGUCGUGGCGGCCGACGAGCCCUCGCGGCCCCUCUACCGCUUCACCCAGGACGACCUGCGGCGGCGGCGCGUCCUGUUCGUGCACUCGGGCGCCGACCGCGGCUGGAUCCAGCUGCAGGUGUCGGACGGCCGGCACCAGGCCACGGCGCAGGUGGAGGUGCAGGCCUCCGAGCCCUACCUGCGGGUGGCCAACGGCUCCCGCCUCGUGGUGCCCCAGGGGGGCCGGGGGGCCAUCGACACGGACGUGCUGCCGUUGGAUACCAACCUGGACAUCCGCAGCGGGGACGAGGUCCGCUUCCGGCUCACCGGCGGCCCACGCUGGGGCCAGCUGCUCCGGGAGGACCAGCCCGUCGCGGCCUUCACCCUGCAGGACCUGAAGGCCGGGGCCCUCGUGUACAGCCACAACGGCAGCCUCAGCGCCCGGGACAGCCUGGCCUUCUCCGUGGAGGCGGGGCCCCUGCAGGCCGAGGCCAGCCUGCAGGUGACGGUCACUCUGGAGGGGCCGCUGGCCCCACUGCGCCUGGUGCAGCACAAGAAAAUCUACGUCUUCCAGGGCGAGGCCGCGGAGAUCAGAAGGGACCAGCUGGAGGCAGCCCAGGAGGCCGUGGUGCCUGCGGACAUCGUGUUCACGGUGACGCGUCCCCCUCGCGCUGGCUCGCUGGUGCUGCUGUCUCACGGCCCAGCAGCGGCCGAGCCGCCCAGCCUGGAGCCCGUGCAGAGCUUCUCCCAGGAGGCAGUGAACGGAGGCCGGGUCCUGUACCUGCAUUCGGGACCGCCGACCUGGGGUGACACCUUCUCCCUGGAUGUGACCUCGGGAUUGGGGGCCCCGCUGGAGGACAUCCGUGUGGAGCUGGAGGUGCUGCCGGCUGACAUCCCCUUGGAGGUGCAGAACUUCAGCGUCCCUGAGGGCGGCACCCGCACCCUGGCGCCCCCGCUGCUCCGGGUGGCCGGGCCCUACUUCCCCACCAUGCCGGGGCUGGAGCUGCAGGUGCUGGAGGGGCCCCAGCACGGGGUCCUGCGGAGAGAGGAUGGCCCUGCCCACGGGACCCUCAGCACCUUCUCCUGGGCAGAGGUGGAGCAGCAGCUGGUCCGCUAUGUGCACGACGGCAGCGAGACGUGGGCAGACAGCUUUGUCCUCGUGGCCAACGCCUCGCAGAUGGACCGCCAGAGCCGCCCGGUCACUGUGGCCAUCACCGUCCUCCCCGUCAACGACCAGCCCCCCGUCCUCAUCGUGAACACGGGCCUGCAGGUGUGGGAAGGGGCCACUGUGCCCAUCCCCCCAGAGGCCCUCCAGGCCACGGAUGAGGACUCGGGCCCUGAGGACUUGGUCUACACCGUGGAGCAGGUCAGCAGUGGGCAGGUGGCACUGCGCUCAGAGCCGGGCACGGCCGUGAGCAGCUUCACGCAAGCCCAGCUGAAUGCAGGGCAGGUGCUGUUCUCACACAGAGGAGCACUGGACGGCGGCUUCCGCUUCAGCCUCUCUGACGGUGAGCACGCGUCUCCGGGACACGUCUUCCGCGUGGCGGCUCAGAGGCAGCUGGUCCUCUCGCUGGACGGUAGCCGGACGCUGAGCGUGUGCCCAGGGUCCGUCCAGCCGCUCGGCAGCCAGAACCUACAGGCCAGGUCCAGCGGCCACACGGACGCCCGCCUCCUGCUGUACCACGUGCUGCGGGGGCCCCAGCUGGGCCGGCUACUGCACGCCCAGCAGGCCAGCGCCGAGGAGUCCCUGGGGAACUUCACUCAGGCCGAGGUCUCCAGCGGGCAAAUCCUCUACGAGCACGUGAUGCCCCCCGAGCCCUUCUGGGAGGCCCAGGACACCGUGGAACUGCGGCUGUCCUCGCCACCCGCCCCCGACCUGGACGCCACCCUCACCGUGACCGUGUCCUUUGAGGCCGCGUGUCCCCAGCGCCCCAGCCGCCUCUGGAAGAACCAAGGUCUCUGGGUCCCCGAAGGCCAGCGCGCCGAGAUCACCGUGGCCGCGCUGGACGCCUCCAACUUCCUGGGCAGCGUGCCGGCCCCGCGGCGCGCCGAGCACGACGUCCUCUUCCAGGUCACGCAGUUCCCCGUGCGGGGGCAGCUGCUGCUGUCCGGGGAGCCCCUCCACGCCGGGCGCGCCCACUUCCUGCAGUCGGCGCUGGCCGCGGGGCAGCUGGCCUACGCGCACGGCGGCGGCGGCACGCAGCCCGACGGCUUCCGCUUCCGCGCGCACCUGCGGGGCCCCGCGGGGACCCCCGCGGCGGGGCCGCAGACCUCCGAGGCCUUCGCCGUCACCGUCACCGUCGCCGUGCGCGACGACGGGAGCGCGCCCGGGCCGUGGGCCUCGACGCCGCUGCGGCUGCCGCGGGGCUCCCGCGCGCCCGUGUCCCGCGCGCAGCUGAGCGCGCCGGACCCCGACGCGGCGCCCGCGGAGAUCCAGUACGAGGUGCGGCGCGCGCCCCCGCACGGCUUCCUGAGCCUGGUGGGCGCGGGCGCGGGGCCCGUGCGCCGCUUCACGCAGGCCGACGUGGACGCGGGCCGGCUGCUGUUCACGGCCAACGGCAGCAGCGUGCCGGGCGCCUUCCAGCUGAGCGUGUCCGACGGCGCGGGCCCGCCGCGGCCCGUCACGCUGGCCGUGGACGUGCUGCCCGCGGGCAUCGAGGUGCAGCUGCGCGCCCCGCUGGAGGUGCCGCAGGCGCUCGGCCGCCGCGCGCUGAGCCGCCAGCAGCUGCGGGUGGUGUCGGACCGCGAGGAGCCGGACGCCGAGUACCGCCUGGCCCAGGCGCCGCGCUUCGGGCGCCUGCUGGUGGCCGGGCAGCCGGCCGCCGCCUUCAGCCAGCGCCAGGUGGAGCAGGGCCAGGUGGUCUUCGCCUUCACCGACCUCUCCUCCCCGCGCGACCGCUUCCGCGUGGAGGCGCGCGCGCGCGGCGCCAACGCCUCGGCCACGGUGAACGUCACCGUCGCGGCGCUGCUGCGCGUGGGCGCCGGCGGGCCGUGGCCGCAGGGCGCCACGCUGCGCCUGGACCCGUCCGUGCUGGACGCGGGCGAGCUGGCCAACCGCACGGGCAGCGUGCCCCGCUUCCGGCUGCUGGCGGGGCCCCGGCGCGGCCGCCUGGUGCGCGUGCCGCGGGCCGGCGCGGAGCGGGUGGAGCAGUUCACGCAGCGGGACCUGGAGGACGGGCGGCUGGGGCUGGAGCUGGCCGCGCCCGAGCCCGGGGCGGCCGGGCCCGCCGGCGACAGCCUCACGCUGGAGCUGUGGGCGCGGGGCGUGCCGCCCGCCGUGGCCUCGCUGCCCUUCACCACGGAGCCCUACGACGCCGGCCGCGCCUACCGCGUGGCCCUGCUCCGCCUCCCCGCGCCGGCCCGGGCGGACGCGGGCCAGCCCACGGGCGGGCCGCGCCCGGCCGCCUCCAGCCCGGCGCCCACGGCGGCCAGGGGCGGCCUCCUGGGCUUCCUGGAGGCCAACAUGUUCAGCGUCAUCAUCCCCGUGAGCCUGGUCCUGCUGCUGCUGGCGCUCGUCCUGCCGCUGCUCUUCUACCUCCGCAAACGCAACAAGACGGGCAAACACGACGUCCAGGUGCUGGCGGCCAAGCCCCGCAACGGCCUGGCCGGCGACGCCGAGACCUUCCGCAAGGUGGAGCCGGGCCAGGCCAUCCCGCUCACGGCCGUGCCCGGCCAGGGCGCCCCGCCGGGGACCCAGCCCGACCCCGAGCUGCUGCAGUUCUGCCGGACACCCAACCCUGCCCUCAAGAACGGCCAGUACUGGGUGUGAGGCCUGGCCGGGGCCCAGACGCUGACGGGGCGGGGACAGGCCAGCUCAGGGCCCGGCCCACGCGCCCCUGACCCGGUGCUGCCCCGUGUCGAGCGCCCCUG